AUGACUUGUAUUGGUUCAAUCGAAGUUUCCCAGGAUCUGGGUUUGCAAGAAUGGGAUAUGCUUUGCUCACAAGGACACGCUCGCAAGAUGGGACAUAUCGAAAACUAUUUUGCUUUGGCCCAGAGGCAAGAUCUGUAUUCAAAUUUCGGACUUUUCUGUGAGAUGAACAAGUUUUUUUCAAUGGACCAGCUGUCUUCUGCAUUGCGAGUGAUCUGCCUGGAAAACCCACUUUUACUUCAUACGGUAGUAGAGCAGCAGUCUGCUGGAGAUGGCAAUUUCUACCAAAGCGACAAAUAUCUCUCAAAACCGUGGCCCGAGCACGAUUACAUUCGGGUGCUUGGAAAAGUGCAUAUCUCAGACGUGCUAUUGAAUACAGAAAGCGAAUUGAGCGACGUCGUUGCUAAAAUAUUAGCAGAAUUCAGCAGCAACGGUGGUCGCUAUACCAGCCAGGUUUUCAAGCUUGUGAACUCAAUUAGAAUACCCUAUAGUCAUGAGUCAAGACCCAACUGGCGGAUACUGUGUUUUCUUGAGGGUGACUCCCAAUGUCGCAAAUUUUUAUUUCUGUCGAAUCAUUGUUGCAGUGACGGCAUAUCCGCAUCAAAUUUCGUUCAUGACUUACAAGAACGUCUGAAUGAUCCCAGAUUGACCUCCACAAAUUCAGGAAUCAAACUCGAUUACAGCCAAGAUUACUCUAUUUUGCCGAAGCUUCCAGCUCCAAUCGAAUCGAUUCUUGAUUACAAGGCCACAAAAAUUCAUCUGGCCCGCAUGGUUGGUAGUCAGUUAAUUCGAGAACUCACCGGUUACAGGUCGGCUGGACCACUUGUCAAACGAGUGAAAGAACCAGACGGAAAUGAAUUCCACAGUUUUUUCUUGAAUCUCACACCGCAGGAGCUCAAAAGAGUAAGAAGCAGGAUAAAGACCCAGGUGCACUCGAAAUGCACCUUCACGCCAUUUUUACAAGCCUGCUGGUUCGCAACAAUGCACAAAUGCGGAAAAGUCUUUACUCAUUCGUUCAGAGAGCGUUUCACCAAUAUUGUAGUGGCUAUGAAUAGUGCGAAACUGCUGCCAUCUGAGGAUUUGAAGUUAAUUCGAGAUUACAGGUUCGGUUGCAAUAUUGGGGGCUCAAACUACAACUAUCAGAUCUCAUCUUUCGAUGUAGCGGAUGAUCCUAAAGCUUUUUGGAAAUUAGUGGAGUAUUAUAAUGACGUGUUUGGUGAAGCAAAGCGCCAGAAUCAUUUUCUGAGCUCGAUGGGCGCUUUGAUGCUAGACUCCAUGUAUGAAAGCAAAAAUCUCGACCUCGCUCUUACACAAGCUUUUCUUGACAAGCCGCGUUUGGGUACCAUGCUGAGCAACCUUGGUUACAUCCCUCAGAACGCAGGAGGUGGAGAAUAUCAAAUUCAGGACUUGAUAUUCGCACAAGCUACGGGUAGCUUCAGGUUCACUUUCGAUAUCAGUUGUUGUGCCACAGACGUAGGUGGAUUAAACGCUGUCCUAUGUGCCGCAAAGGGAGCCCUGAAGAGUGGUAGCGAUUGGAAUGAGGUGUGUGAGCUAUUCAGGAAUAUCGUAUUGAGAGCAUAG